UUCUUGUCCAUAUUGCUGAUAUUUGGACUGCUGGAAUUUUACUAGUUUUUGAUCGUUGGAGUUCGUCUGUUCAACCUAUUGUGCCUUUCUAUAUUGCAAAAUGGAUUUAUGUCAGUUGUAUAUUGGCGUCUUUUGCUCUUUUAUCUUUGGAAUUCAAGAAAGCUAAUUACAUAUAUAAAAGUAAAGAUAUUUCUUUCGCUUUUACAAGUGGAAUUGCCUACAAAUGUUAUACUUUAAGCAGUUAUGCGCAUUAUUGUUUUUUCGCUAAAAUCAAUAACUCGAGGAAAUUUACAGAUAGGGUUGCUUUUUUUGUGUUCUUUGCAUUUAAAGGUUGGAAACGUUUAGUUUUUGCUGAGGCUCCUCGUCAGGCUAUUAAUGCACUUACACUUUACUCUAUCGUUCCAUUGAGUUUGAGUGGUGCAAAAAAAUAUUAUGAUAUUACUUCUUAUGGGGAAAAUUAUGUUCAGCGCCUUGUCGUAGUUUUGAUGGCAUUUUCCUUUUUUGUUUUUUUCUUUACAGCCAUUAAGCUCAUUGUUGCUGCUAUUCUUUAUAUACCACUGCUAUGUGUUAUCAGAGGCAACCUGAAGGAAUUUUGUUGUAACAGAAUUGAUAAAAGAAUUGGUGCACUUCUUGAAAAAGAACGCAAAAAACGUCUUAAUAAGAGUAUUAAGGAGAAAAGAAAGAACAAAACGAUCUCUAUUCGACCCACACUUCCAGAUGUUGACAAUAAUAGUUCGUCACUUCCGCCUUACCCCAAAUCUUCGGCAUCACAGUAUUCUAGCAGUUCUAUAUCAGACAUAACGCGGUCAACUUCUCCCGAUACAAUAAUGUCGGGUCCGCCACCUUACGUAUCAAGGACUACUACUCCAAAUUAUGGAUCAAGGGUUGCCACUCCAAAUUAUGGUCAUUCUGGGCAACAUCCUCAUUAUCGUGCGGAUACGAUUGAUUAUCCAAAGCAACCUUAUCCGGACAAUAGAUCUCCUUAUCUCAAUCAUGAGCAUUCUUACAAUAAUAUUGGUCCUGUUUCAGAACCCAUUCCUGUUACCAGACAUAAUUUGCGCGAUCCAAUAAUAGCCCCACAACCGAUGUUGCCGAAUAUGGGUCAUCCACGGCCACAUUAUCCUCCUAAUGAUAGACCUCCUCAGCCCAAUUUCGCUCCAAUGAACCAGCCUAAUGUAAUUGUACCUGAAAAUUCUUAUAAUAAUUUGGUGUCUGCUUCGGAACCUAUUCCACAAAAUCAAUAUGACCCAAUAAUAGCACCACAAGCUAUUUCACAACCAAUAUUUCCAGAUAUGGGCUAUUCACGACAACCUUAUCCUAAUAAUGGAUCUCUUCAGCCCAAUCCAAUUCCAAUAAAUCAAUUCAAUGUAAAUGCUUCAGAUCAUUCUUAUCAUGCUAUUUCUGAACCUAUUGACCUCGUCAGACAAAAUCAACACGACCCAAUAAUAGCACCACAAACUAUUUCACAACCUAUAUUGUCAAAUAUGGGCUAUUCACGACAACCUUAUCCUAAUAAUAGAUCUCCACAACCCAAUCCAUUUCCUGUUAUCAGACAAAAUCAGCGUGAAAUAAUAACACCACAAACUACUAUGCAACCAAUAAGUAAUAGUGGAUAUAUUCCAAAUACUUUUAAUGGAAUGCAUAAUGAUUAUCAUAGCAACAGUGCACCUAUAUCAAAUGACAGUGAUGAUAGAAAUUCCUAUGCUCCGUACAGAGGAUAUUAUGAUGAUGAUGUUAUCGACGUAUCAGAUAGUCGUGAUGAUUUCGUACUUCAACCUCCACAACGUUCAUUUUCCCCAUCGCAACGUUCACAUUCUCCACAACGUUCAUAUUCUCCACAACGUUCAUAUUCUCCACAACGUUCACUUUCUCCACAACGUUCACAUUCUCCCUCUAACUCAUCAACUUCUAUAGGUUCAAAUCCAGCAAAUGUAAUUCUUUCAAGAUAUCAACAGCCUGAGAAAAGGUCUUCAAAUUUUAACAAUUAUGUGCAACAAGGUGGUAGCAAGCUAAAUAUAAACGAGCAGAAAGAUAAUCCAUCAUAG